AUGCACCAAAAGAAAAAAAAAAAGAAAAAAAUUAUGUACAACUGUGUACAAAAAUAUCGAAUAUUACAGUAUUUGCAUCUGACUGUAAAUAAAAAUGGACAUCAGAUGAAGUCACUAAGUUAGUUUCCCUGAUUUAUUGUGUUAUUAGUGUUGCCAUGUCUGGUGAAUAUGCUUCAAUGUGAAGACGGACAGAGUGGACCUACGUAUGAAUCUCUACAGCAAGUCAUUGACAAGAAGUCCUUCAGACCUUCUGUCAACCUCAGCACCCCCACCAUCACCAACAUCUCCUUCACUCUCUACGCUAUCUUGGGAGUUAAUGAAAAAGCACAAAUUCUUACCACAUUCCUCUGGCUCAGACUGUACUGGUUCCAUGAGUUCCUCAUUUGGGAUCCAGAACCCUGUGAUGGCAUUACGAAGAUCUCUCUUCCUGUCAAAGAUCUCUGGACUCCUGACAUAAUCGUUUAUGAGUUUGUGGAUGACGAUGUAUCUCAGGCCUGUCCUUAUGUGUAUGUGAACCACACGGGCCACAUCCGCUAUGACAGGAUGUUGAGGCUGGUUAGCGCCUGUAACCUACAGAUCUUCAGUUUCCCUUUCGACAUACAGAACUGCUCUUUCACCUUCGGCUCCUACAUGCAUACCAUAAAGGAUGUCCGUGUCAGUCCUGCCCUGGCCUUUCAGGAGAUGACUGAAAACUCAAAGCGAUACCUGCAGGCCAGUGGAGAAUGGGAGCUGGUGGUUAUACUGGGCGACGCAAACAUUUUGAAGUUCGGAAUAGAUGAAUGGGACAUCAUCACUUUCUGGGUGGUGAUAAAGCGACGGCCGAUACUGUAUGUGGUGAACUUGAUCAUCCCCAGCUCCUUCCUCAUGAUCAUUGACAUCCUGUCGUUCUACUUGCCACCGCACAGCGUGGAUCGAUCCUCCUUCAAAAUGACCCUCAUUCUGGGCUAUACAGUGUUUCUUCUCAUUAUGAACGACUUGCUUCCCAGCACUGCUAAUGGAACACCUUUAAUAGGUAUCUAUUUCUCCGUGUGUUUGGCACUCAUGGUAAUAAGUCUACUGGAGACGGUCCUCAUUACCUGCGUUCUCCACCAUAAUUCAAUGAAGUACAGGGAGGUGCCGCACUGGGUACAGGUGCUGGUGAUGCGCUUCAUUGCUCGAAUUAUUUGCUACAGUUUCCCCGAAGACCCUUUAGCCAAACUAGAAGUGAAACAAGAAACCGACGCAUGGGUUGUCCAGCCUUCAGAAUCAACGUCCAGUCAACAGACACCCACUAAUGUGUCUGGAACCAUGACACUGGAUGUGCCUGAACUCAGACAGAUCAGUCAGGAUCUUAGAGAGAUGAACUCUUAUUUGACCAUUCUACGAAAGGAAGACCAUCUACAGAACCAGUGGUGCCACGUGGGAUACAUCCUGGACUUCCUUCUCUUCCGCAUUUACCUGCUGAUAAUCACAGGUUAUGCACUUGUAAUCAUAUGCAUGUGGUGCAUUUGGAUGAACCAAUAGAAAAAUGACUUGAGGAAAAUUAU